GACACAGAGGCGGAGAGAGCUCAGAGGAGCACAGAAAUCGAAAAACCCAUUUCCCGACAAAAAGCCAAAAAAAAGAAAGAAACCCGAAAAAGAUCCAUGCCGCCCCCGCCCAACAACGUCAACCGUUCUCGUGCUUUGGCUGCUUUACUUUCUUCUCUGGUUUCCCAGCUCCUCUUGCUUCUUCUCCUCUUUUGCCCUUCCUCAACCCCUUUCUCUCUUCUCAAUUCCUUUUCCUCCACCCACCAAUUCUUUUUCCCUCUCCUCCACCAUUUUCUCUCCACCUCGGAAACUUCCGCCACUUUUUCCCUUUUGUCCUCUUUUUCCAGAAAACGCAAGCGGACCCAUUCUCCAAACUCCGAUGACCCGACCCAUGCCAACGCGGUGUCAGGGUCCGCACCCGACUCUGUCAUCCCGAAGAACCCAGAUUCCUACAAGCAAACUUUCAAGAUGAAUUGCUCAACUUUCGAGUGGCUGUGUGGCCUCCUCGAACCCCUUCUCGAAUGCCGGGACCCGGUUCAGUCCCCACUUAAUCUCCCCGUUGAGACCCGACUGGGAAUCGGACUUUUCCGACUCGCCACCGGAUCGAGUUACCAGGAAAUUUCCCGGCGGUUCCGCGUCUCGGAAUUGAUAGCCAAAUUCUGCGUCAAACACUUGUGCCGCGUUCUCUGCACCAAUUACCGAUUCUGGGUCGGGUUUCCAGCUGAGAACGAGCUUUAUUCCGUGUCAACUCAGUUUGAAAAGCUCGGUGGAUUGCCCAACUGCUGCGGAAUUAUUAAUUGCGCGAGGUUCAAGGUCAAAGGCUCUGAUUCAGUUUUAAAGUAUUCCCAUCUGGAAGACACAGUAGCUGCUCAAUUAGUGGUUGAUGCAUCAUCCAGAAUUCUGAGCAUUACAGCCGGUUUUCGCGGUAACAAGAGUAAUUUAACCGUCCUAAAUUCAUCAAGCUUGUAUAAAGAUACCGAAACAGGAGCUCUACUGCACACGCGGACGCUGUACAUAAAUAAUGUAGCUGUACCCCAGUAUUUGAUCGGGGGUGGUGGUUACCCUUUACUUCCUUGGUUGUUAGUCCCCUUUGCUGACCCUUUAGGAGGGUCUAGUGAAGAAAAUUUUAACAAUGUGGUAAAGAUCAUGUGUGUUCCGAUGCUUAAAACCAUAGCGAGUUUGAGGGGAUGGGGUGUUUUAAGCGGGCCAAUUGAUGCAGAGUUUAAGACAGCAGUAGCUAACAUUGGUGCUUGCUCUAUUCUUCACAAUAUGUUGCUUGCUAGGGAGGAUUAUUCAGCUUUUUGUGAUGAAGUUAGUGAAUUUAGGGUGGAUGAUCAGAGCUUUGAUUAUACUUUGGAUGAAAAUUUGAAUGAGAAGGGGUCUGCUAUAAGAACUGCACUCUCCACUAUAUCGAAGAGAGUUUAAUCUUAUUGGACUAUGUAGGAAGACUGAAAGAUUGAUCACAUUAAGGCAGCAACGAAGGGAGAUCAUAUAGAAAAGGGCUGUUAAUUGGACUGCGGUCAACAAUUUUGUGGGACGUAGCUAAGCACAGUUUUUUGUUCCUUCUUCCUUUCUUAUUAGAAAGUAGGGGGUACGCAUAGUCUGUAUAAAAUGAUCACAUUUUUUGUCGCUCAACUUGGUUUAAUUCAACAGAUACUUUUUUUUAAUGUAAAUAAAAUCUAAUUUUUUCUGAAUGUUAUUUUUCUAAAUAUUGUUUUCAUACCUAGGUCUCUUGCUGUUAAGGCUGUAAUGAUUUUUUUUUUUUUGUUUUUUCUUAUCAUCUCUGAAUGUGAGUAUCACCUAUUAGGUGUUAUUAAUUACCAAGUUCAAUUAGUUUACCUCCAUGACCUUGACUAUUAUGAGAAGCAUUGCGUAUUCUUAGUUGCUUUUGGUGCUAAUAAAAUCCCCUUUCUUACCCUUGGUAUGCAUGAACAAUGUUACCUUAGUAGGAGAAAUCUGGGUGAAUAUGUGGCUGACUUUACUACAGUUCAUAUUCAUUGCUAAUUGAGGUGUAUUAGAACACUGCUGUUCACUACUCCUUCCAGUCAGGAAACUAUAUGUGUCUUUAUCCUUCCAAGCAGUUGCUUUAACCGUGAUGUUUGGAUUGAAAUUAAAUGAAUGAGCGAGAUGUUGUGAAGCUCAAGAUUCAAGUGAUGCAUUUGUUUGGCUAUUCCUUUUUGUUAUAGUUGAGCUGCAAGUCUUCGUGUGGCCAAUCUCCAUUAAAAUUUUUAUCAUCGAGCACUGACAUCUAAUUGAAUUUUUUUUUUUUUAAUGAAGUUAACGUGCUUUGCUAAAACUUGAGGAAGUGUAGUUUUGCAACUUUUCAAAGUGAAAGUUCCAACUUUUAGCUGAAAUUAACUGCAAUUGAAGGCAGAUUCACUUGAGUGCCAUCCGACUGAUUGCAUUUGAGAACUGGUUGUAUAAUUUCCUGCAAUUUCAAGCUGAAGUGACGUAGCCCUGGGGAGGAAUGAAACCUUUUUGCUAUAUCUGGAUUACUUGCAUUUGAACUGGCGCAAAAUGGUUGAGCAUGAGACAUGUUGCAAUGUUACUUGCAUAGUUUACAGUUUGGACAGCAUAGAAUUCUCGGAUCUCAGAGUUAACUUGCGUUGAUAUUUCAGCCUAUUACUUCAUUAUGUGGAAAAAUGCUACAUUUCUGAUCCUUAUCUUGAACUAGUUUUGGCUCCGAUACGGUCAUCCCUGAACUGUCAGUCUGUUUAAUGAUGCUCCACAUGACUUGUUUUAAGUAGAAGGUGUGCAGUUCGUUAGGUUAGGUUCCCCUCUGCAAUGAUCAUGCAUAUAUAUCUUGCAUUCAGUGGAUCAAUCUGAGUGGUAAAUGAAAACAAAAAAAAGGAAGGGGCAAAUUCUCAGAUUGUUGCAUCUACCAAAUAUACAUUGUGUCUACUGUGCUUGUUAUCUUUUAGGUACCGAGCAACUUACUUACCGCAACUACUGAAGCAUCACCUACAACAGAAGUCGUCUAUAGAGCCUUGGUGCUGAGCAGAAUUAUGGCCUGUUGAUGGGGUGAUCCUACUGUCUGAGAGGAGUUAUGGUUACUCAUAUCAUUCUUGCAAAUCAGCUGCUUCAACUGCAGAUUCUCUUUACUUAUUAUUCUCUUGAAAGGGAGAGAAUCUUUAAAUGAUGGACCAGCUCCUUCGGCACUCUUUCUUCUUGUGAUCUCACAUUGAAGAGAGAUGUUUACUACGGCAGCUAAAAGGAAAGCUAGGUUUCUUGGUGUGUAUCCACUCCUGUUUUGUGCAAGGAACUUAAAUAAAUCCUCAGAUCAAUGUUCUUAAUACAACCUUCUUGACCCAGAUUGCUGCAAGAGUUUAUCCGCUGCUUGGGUUACAUUAGUUGAUCCUGACCAUUGGUGGCAGGAGGAAAAGGGAAAGCAAUGAACUAUCUUUCACAGGAAAUUUGAGAAAAUGAGAUUAGACAUGUUAGAGAACUUGCAUUUGGUUCUGUGAAUAAGCUGGUAUAACAUCGAUUGCCAUGAAAAUUGGCUAAUAUAUGAUGAGAUAGUAAUUCAUUCAUAAGGGAAUGAUGAAAUGUAAACAUCUUGUUUAGAGAGUGAA